CCGGGUGCUAUACCGCGCAUGGCGGUCGCGCGCGCCGGGGCGGCGGACCUGGGCUUCGCGGAGGUGGCGCCGGCCUGGCGGCUGCGCAGCCAGCAGUUCCCCAGCAAGGUCGGCGGCCGGCCGGCGUGGCUGGGCGAGGCCGGGCUGCCCGGGCCCGCGGAGCUGGGGUGCUCGCUGUGCGGCCGCCCGCUGGCCUUCGUGCUGCAGCUGUACGCGCCCCUGCCGGGCCGCGCCGACGCCUUCCACCGCGGCCUGUUCCUCUUCUGCUGCCGCGCGCCGCCCUGCUGUGCCGGCCUUCGCGUUUUUAGAAAUCAGCUACCCAGGAAAAAUGACUUUUACUCCCAUGAGCCGCCUUCUGAGGAUCCUCCCCCAGAGACCGGAGCGUCCGUGCGCCUCCAGCUCCAGUCCGGGGCUCAGCUCUGCAGGGUGUGCGGCUGUUUAGGCCCCAAGACGUGCGCGCGCUGUCGCCAGGCGCAUUACUGCAGUAAGGACCACCAGGCUGUGGACUGGAGGUGCGGGCAUAAGCAGGCGUGUAGACAGGCAGGUAAUGUGGACAGUACAGUUCCAGAUCACAACUUCCUUUUUCCAGAAUUUGAAAUUGUAAUAGAAACAGAAGAUGAGACGACACCUGAAGUUUCAGAAAAAGAAGAUGAACCGGAGAUUAUAGGGAGCAUGGGUGAAGCACCUGCAGAAGAAUUGGAAUCCAUGGCAAAACAUGAAUCCAGGGAAGAUAAAAUUUUCCAGGAGUUUAAAAAUAAAAUAGCCCUGGAACCAGAACAGAUUCUCAGGUAUGGCAGAGGGCUUGCCCCCAUCUGGAUCUCUGGUGAAAAUGUCCCCCAAGAGGAGGAUAUUCCAGACUGCCCCUGUGGAGCCAAGAGAAUAUUUGAAUUCCAGAUAUUGGUGUGCUUCUACAAUGAUGAGGGUUUACAUGUGUUCGCUUUUACCAUCUGGACCAGCCCCCACCUCCCAGUAUAAAUACAGCAUUAUUUUCAGAGCCUCUGUUGUUCUCUUUGUAAUUUUAAAUAAUACAUCUUCCACUGAUCAGGGUAUGACUAUGUUGUGAGAGGAGUGUUUCAGAACUUGCUCUACUUAAUGUGGAUUUGUGGAUUUGUGAGGAAAACAAAUGCAUGUAUCAUUGAUACAUUAAGUGCCAUUAAGGUAAAUGUUUUUUCAAGAGAUUGUUAGCAUCAGAAUCAUUUUGGGGUUGGGUGGAAAUCAAUCCUCUAACAGUGGAUUCAGUAACCUUACAGAGUGGUAGGUAAUACUUGUUCCUUAGGGUAGAAAGGGAAUUAUGAGGACUGCAUCCAACACUGGUUGGUUCUUAGUCACAAAGCUCUUGAUGCCAAGAUGAGCUGCCAGUGUGUGUGAAGAAGUUUCCUACUGGUGGGGCAGACCUUCACUCUUCCAUCCAACUGCUGGCCUCCUGAGCAGACACCAACGGAUUUCCUUUUUGUAUUCAUUAAACUGGUGUUCCUUCA